CCUACACAGAGAUGUGUUUAGGAUUCCAAAGCUGCCAGCAGAUCAGUAACCAGUCAGACUAAUUGCUGAAAGCACAAGUCAUCUUGGUCUCCAAACCAUGUCGCUCUUUAUUUUAACCUUCCAGCUGAUCCUAUACCUUCUCGCAUUUCCUAUUUAUGUACUUAACUUUAUAGGAAUUUGGGAUAAAAUCAUUAAGAAAUUAUUCCCUGCUCUUCUAUUCAGAUUAACUGAAAUGUAUAAUAAAUCUAUGGAGGGAAUUAAAAGGGAUCUCUUCAGCAACCUUUCUUACUUUGAAAAUGCUUCGAAGGAGAUCAAUCUGCUAGAAAUCGGCUGCGGCACAGGGGCCAACUUCAAAUUCUACCCAAAUGGCUGCAAAAUAACCUGCCUCGACCUGAACCCAAAUUUCCAAUCAUAUUUGAGCAAAAGCCAAACAGAAAGUGACCAUCUGAAGUUUGAAGGUUUUGUGGUGGCUUCUGCAGACAACAUGACCCCAGUGCCCGAUGCCUCUAUGGAUGUGGUGGUCUGCACCCUGUUAGUGUGUUCAGUACCAAACACCCCAAAGGUGCUGGACGAGGUGUGGAGAGUUCUCAAGCCUGUAAGUUGUACAUUAUUUGUUGUAACUGUGGCUAUAUCUGUGCUUGGUGCUGUUGAAAGGCUGAUGGCCUCUUUCAUCUGCAAACUAAAAAUUGUAGCUCUGAUCCUUCCCAGUAGUUUGUUGUAUAAUUCUUCUCUCACCACCAAUACUUCCAAUUGGUAUCCUUUUGAGAGAAAUCCACUCUGUGUUGUGUAUUAAUAGUGAAUGUAAUAUCUCUGUGUCACCUAUUCCAAGAACUAACAUAUAUCUUUAUCCCCUCAUCCAGAUAUAUAUAUAUAUAUAUAUAUAUAUAUAUAUAUAUAUGACUAGCACUAUUAAGGUAUUCUACACGAUAUUACAAAUAAACAGCCAACACCAUAGUUCUUACCAGAGAGAAAUCUUUACUUAGAAUCUGUCCAGUUAAAUAUUACAGAAGAAGAAUGUUACAAAGUUAUAGUAUUACAGAGUUACAAUACCUUUUAUAACACUCACACAUUCCACCUAUCUGAUGAUAUCUGCUACAUUGUGUAUGUGCUGUCAGAUGUUAUGUGCAGAGUGUGUGUGUGUGUGUGUGUGUGUGUGUGUGUGUGUGUGUGUGUCUUACCAACCUAGUCUAAUGUGAUGUGAGUAUCUUCUAUUUUUAAAGGAAUUGGUUCCCAUGUUGUAAAUAGCAAAUUCCUCAGCUCAAUUGAUAUGUAAAUGUGACUUAUUUUCCCAAGGCCCAAAGUGUUGUCUAUCCUGUUAUUUUAUUUAAGUGUAAACUCUCCCAGCCAUUCCUUUGCCUCUAACCUAAGGUGUGUUUUCUUAGAUAGAGACUCCUUUGAAGACCAGUUGAUAUGUAAAUGUGAUUGGUGCCUUUCAGGUGCUGUAUCUUUCCAACUAUCUAAACAGAAACUUCCUUAGAAGAUAAUUCCCAAUCUCCGAUACACACAGACUUAAUCAAGCACAUAUUAAUCAUAUAUAUAUAUAUAUAUAUAUAUAUUCAUAAUAUGUUCCCCAAAAUAGUUGACUGCCAUAUCUCUGUAAUCAAAUAUAAACACACAAAACGAAGACCAGUACUUAAACUCCCACUACUCUUGGGCAGUGGCGGAUCCAGAGCCUGAUCUCGAGAGGGGCACUUGUAGAUUAUUUAAAGAAAUAAUCCAGGCACUAUAACCACUACAGCUCAGUGUAGUUGUUAUGGUGCCCCGUAGUGCCAGGAUUCCAUCCUAGAGUAAGUAGUCAAACCGUUUCACCCCUUAAGGACCAAACUUCUGGAAUAAAAGGGAAUCAUGACAUGUCACACGUCAUGUGUCCUUAAGGGGUUAAUAACAGUUUUACAACUUACCUGGGGUCUGCUGGGAUAUAGGGCAUAGGAGCAGUGGUAUUGGUGUUAGGGGUGAAGUGUGUGUGAAAGGUGCAGUGUGUGUCUGUGUGAGGGUGGCAGUGUGUGUGUUAGAGGGCAGUGUAUGUGAGGGCAGUGUGUGUGUGUGUGUGUCUAUGGGGGGCAGUGUCUGUAGUGUGUGUAUGGGGGGGGCAAUUGCCCCGUUGCCCCCCCCCCCCAGAUCUGCCACUGCUCUUGGGCAGCAGCAAUGGCUAUAGUAUUAUUCAUUAACCCAAAUACAUAGUACAAAAAGUUACCUGCACCCUAUCCCAAUGCCCAUUUAAAUAGUAGGAGAUUAAAAUGCAAGUUCACCUGCCCCGUACUGUGGUGUAAUAACAGAUAAAAUUUGUAUUUCAAGAACUUUUUUAGCUUUGUAUGUUAUUUGCUUAGUUGCACACUGUCCAUUUAACAUGAACGCUGUAAAUCAGGGGUAGUCAACCUUUUUCUAUCUACCGCCCACUAAUGCAUCUUUCUUGAUAGAAACAUUUCCUUACCGCCCACCAGUUUUCGCGCAAGUGCUGAAUAAUUUUUAGAAUAAGGAUGUUUUUUUUUUUUUUUUAAAUGUACGUACAUCUUUUUAUUUCAACUUUAUGCAUGUUUACAAUGUUUUUAACUUUAUAAAGAAAACAAAGUAAAUUGAAAUUACCUUUAACUAGUGAUUAAUGAGAUCCUCGAGGCUUAUACUGCGAGACUAAAUAUUUGAUAUCCGGUUUGAUUUUCGUAAGGAACAAACAGAGGUCUCCUCUUAUGCUGAUAUUUAGACGAUUUAUCUGUUUGCUCAUAAUAUGAUUUCUCAUCUGUGCAUCAGCUACCCUCUGCUCCCUCCCCACUUUUUUUUCCCUUUUUUAUAUUUUUUUUACCUUCCUUAUAGCAAUGCCCAGCAGGAAGGCUGAGCUAGGUAGCCCACUUAUUAUUAUUAUUAUUAUUAUUAUUAUUAGCCAAGAACAAUUCUCUCCUAUUCCUUUUUAUAUUUUUUAUUUUCCUUCUUUCUCCUAUUUUACAAAUGCUCUACUCCUUCUUUCUCCUUUUUACAAGUACUCUGCUCCUUCUAUCUCCUAUUCUACAAAUACUCUGCUCCUUCUAUCUCCUAUUCUACAAAUACUCUGCUCCUUCUAUCUCCUAUUCUACAAAUACUCUGCUCCUUCUAUCUCCUAUUCUACAAAUACUCUGCUCCUUCUCUCUCCUAUUCUACAAGUGCUCUGCUCCUUCUCUCUCCUAUUUUCAAAGUACUCCACUCCCUGCUAUCGUGUAUCCCCCUACCUACUCCAACUCCUCUCCUUCCCCUACCCGUGUGUUACACUCGUUCACGAGCACACGCAUUCGAACGUGCAUACGCCUGUGCGAUAUGGGCGCACAUGCGCAUUCAGGCACACACGCUCGCGCUUUCAUGCACUCCCAUCUGCAACCUCGCACUUCCUGCUUACCACUGAGUGCACGAGAGAUGAAUAAAGUGUUCAUCUCUCUAGAUGGAGAGAGGAUUCUGCUACCACCCACCUGGAAUCCCAAAACGCCCACUGGUGGGCGGUAGGGACCAGGUUGGCAACCCAUGUUGUAAAUGGAUAAAAGAUAGGUAGGAACAGUAUUUUAGUAUAUUUGUUACCAGGAAGCAAUAGAGGAGAUAAAUAUUUGUUUACAAGCUGUCAAUAUCUUUUUGGUCAAGAGGCUGCCAUCAGUUAUGUUACUAGGAGUGUUAUAGAAUGUGGAACUGCAUCUAUUCUGCCCCUAUGACACCAGCUUUCACUUGAGCGAUACACUCAUCUGAUGGGUCAGAUAUUGAUAGGUAUCUGCAUCUCCCCAGCAGGAGAAUACAAGCUGCAUGGAAUGUUAUAAAGACAAGGAGUUAAGGAAUCAUUUUUGUAUUUUCUUUAUUAUCCAUCUUACUUGCAGAAAGCAAUAAUUUCACUUUGAGACUGUAAUCGGUUAAAUUGUAAAUGUCUCUAGUAUUUAAGACUUAUAUAACACUCCAUAGUAAGGCCCUUAGAUGAAGAUAAAGUCUGUGUGGGGUUCUCAUGGCUACUUGGGAACCAGGUGACCGAGGUAGGGCAGCAUUUUUCCACUCUACCUGUAGUGAAUUGGGCCCAGUGGACUUUUCGCCCUAAAUAGGGUUAAAAAUGCCAUCCCUUUUUGAUAUUGCUGCUUAAAUCAGCCACCAAUAUGGUACUAGCAUUUUCUGGCCUACAUGCUGCAUUCUAUAUACGGUUUCUCUGAGGCCCAGAAAGGUAGGGUGGUGUUGAGGGAAGGCAAGAAAGAGGAACAGCGGAAAAAAGACAGGGAGAGAUUUGGGAAGACAGAUAGGGAAAGCUUGAGGUAGAGAAGAAGACCAUGAGAGCUAUCCUUUUCAUAGCAUUAACAUAUUAAACAAAUUGACCACAGAAUUUACAUAUUACCUAAAUUGCCCACAUGCAUUGCUCACACUGCCUUUUAAUUAUUUAUUUAGUUAUUUAUAAAAUAUAUAUACCAGGAAAGAUACAUUGAGAUUUUCUCAUUUUCGUCCCGGGUCCACAAAACAUUGCUUUGAUACAAUAGGGUACAAUAAAAUACAAAAACAAUAUUAAUACACAAUAAAUACAAAACUUUAACAUAGAACAGGUAGGAAAUAUAUAAUCAACCAUGACAGGUGAACUCUGUUUUGAGGUAUGUAGAGAGGGAUCUCUUAAAGGACUUUAGGCUUGGGGUAGAUUUGAAAGUGUACGGGAAGUCGUUCCAUAAUUGCGGUGCUCUGUAGGAAAAGGAGGAUCGGCCACUUUCCUUUUUGUAUUGAGGUAGACUAAAUAAAGUGCUGGUACUGGAUAGUGAUGUCGCGAACACGAAAUUUUCUGUUCGUGAACAGCGAACGCGAACUUCCGCAAAUGUUCGCAAACCGGGCGAACCGCCAUAGACUUCAAUGGGCAGGCGCAUUUUAAAACACACAGGGACUCUUUCUGGCCACAAUAGUGAUGGAAAAGUUGUUUCAAGGGGACUAACACCUGGACUGUGGCAUGCCGGAGGGGGAUCCAUGGCAAAACUCCCAUAGAAAAUUACACAGUUGAUGCAGAGUCUGGUCUUAAUCCAUAAAGGGCAUAAAUCACCUAACAUUCCUAAAUCACAAUGGAUAUGGAUUGACACCUGACAUAUGACAUAUUGACACCUUGACAUAUGGAUUCACACCUGUCCUCAGAGACCCUGAUACACACUGACACAGAGUAGAAUAGGGACUGUUCCCCCUACAUAGGGUCACUUGGCAGGUAUGGAUUGACACCUAUCCUCAGGAUCCCUGAUACACAGAGCAGAAUAGGGACUGUUCCCCCUACAUAGGGUCACUUGGCAGAUAUGGAUUGACACCUGUCCUCAGAGACCAUGAUACACACUGACACAGAGCAGAAUAGAGACUGUUCCCCCUACAUAGGGUCACUUGGCAGAUAUGGAUUGACACCUGUCCUAGGGAUCCCUGAUACACACUGACACAGAGCAGAAUAGGGACUGUUCCUCCUACAUAGGGUCACUUGGCAGAUAUGGAUUGACACCUGUCCUCAGAGACCAUGAUACACACUGACACAGAGCAGAAUAGAGACUGUUCCCCCUACAUAGGGUCACUUGGCAGAUAUGGAUUGACACCUGUCCUCAGGAUCCCUGAUACACACUGACACAGAGCAGAAUAGGGACUGUUCCUCCUACAUAGGGUCACUUGGCAGAUAUGGAUUGACACCUGUCCUAAGGAUCCCUGAUACACACUGACACAGAGCAGAAUAGGGAAUAUUCACUAAAUGCCAAACAUUGUUAUACAGGGGAAUAUUCAGUAAAUAAGGAUAAGGGGGGACCUACUGUCCUCCCCCCCGGCCCCCACCCCUGCACGGUGGGUGGGGGCCAUAAAUCUCAAUGGGGGGGGACCUACUGUCCUCCCGCCCGCCCCCACCCGUGAGCGGUGGGUGGGGGCCAUAAAAAUAAUGAGGGGGGGACCUACUGUAUGAUGUUGUAUCGAUCAGGUAGUGUAAGGGUUACGCCCACUUCACAGUGACAGACCAAACUCCCUGUUUAACGCACCGCAAACAACCGCAAACAGUCCAUUUGCACAACCGCAAACUCCCCAUUUGCACAAGGUUGGAUACCAAGCUAGCCAUGUCCCGUUCCUUGUCCUCACUGAUGUCAUUGAAGGUCUCUUCCUCCACCCAGCCACGUACAACACCAAGGGUCCCCGAAAGGUGACAACAAGCCCCCUGGGACGCCUGCUGUGUUUGGUCUUCCACCACCUCAAAGCCACCUUCCUCGUCUGACUCCUCUUCUUCAGACUCCUCUCUCUGCGUUGCCUCUCUCUGCGUUAUUAUAAGGUGUGUUAAGUAGUAUUAUUCCUAUCAGUUUAAUCCCUGUUACGUCCCCUAUCAGGGGACGUGUAUAUGGUAUCGAUUUUAGGAACUGGGAGAUGGAAAAAGAUGCUUGGCCGGUCCUCCUACUUCAAAUUUGGGGCACUGCGCAUGCAAUCUAAUGUGCCACCAGAUAGGAGUGGUGUGUUAAGUAGUACUGUUCUUAUCAGUUUAAUCCCUGUUACGUCCCCUAUCCGUUGAUGUGGAGCAAGACGCAGCAGCAGAAGAGGACUCAGCCGAGGAGGUUAUGGAAGAGGAUGGAGUAGGAUCAGUAGAGGAGGUGGCAGCAGGCCUGCCUGCAAGUCGUGGCGGUGUCACCAACUCCUCUGCUGAGCCACGCAUUCCAUGCUUGGCAGCCGUCAGCAGGUUUACCCAAUGCGCAGUAUAGGGGUGGCCUGCCUCUGCCUGUCAUUUUUUUUUGAUUAGUGGUACUAUGCGUGCAAGCUACUGUGACAACAGAUAUGAGUGGCACUGUGAACUGGCAGAGGUUGGCAGAGUACACGCUGUAGGCCUGACACACCCGCUUGAAGACAACUAACUGCUAUUCAAUCUAUAACAGUGAAAAAAGUUUUUUGGUUUUUAAAUGCAAGCUAUUGUGACACCAGUGAGUGAGUGGUGGCACUGGGCAAGUGGGCACAGUAUACGCUGCGAGCCUGACACACAGACGUCUGCAGACAACUAACUGCUCAGAUAGUUAGAUUGUUGGUAAUACUGACAUAGUUGCUUAUGGACGCAUUUUUCUAAGAUUUUUGACAAUACUGGGAGCAAUGAUAUUGGGCGAUAGUUCGAAACCAAAGUAGUGUCUCCACUUUUAUGGAUAGGCACUACUCUCACAGUCUUCCAAAGUUUGGGCAUGUAUCCAGACACCAAGGAUUCAUUAAUUAGGGUUAUGACAUGUUUAGCAAUUGCCAGCACACUGAGCUUCAACAGCAUUUGAACAGGUCCAGACUGUUUUUUUUUCAUUUUUACUUUAUUAAGGUGUUUCUUAAUGACCCUAAAAGGUACAGGUCUAAAACUAAACAUUUCUAUAUUGGGUCUUUGCAAAUUUAUUGGGGCCUGAUACACAUUUGUAGUUUCAGAAUGUGUGUCAUUUAUUAGCUUGGCAAUCAGGGUGGUGGAGCAUCCGACAAAAUAAUUGUUCAAAGCAUCUGCUAUAUCUAAGUGAAGUUGCUGGGUUUGGUUAUCCACUUUGACAGUGGAGGGUUGGGAGUGGAUUGGGGGAGUUUGUAGUUUAUUUAUGACUUUCAAAAAGUUUCUAGGGUUUGAUAUGUUAUUGUUCAGAUUUUGUUUGUUUUGUGCAUAUAUUUCGCCAUUGUCUAUAUGCACAGUGAUCGUUCAUAGAGCCAGUACCCUUGAACUUUGACCACAAUGAAUCCUGAAACUGGUACAUUUGGAUGAGGUCAGCUGUGAUCCAAUUCAUAUGUACCCUUUUUACUCUUAUCUUACGCAGCAGGGCAUGCAAAUUCCAAACUUGUAGGAGUUCAGACUGAAAUAAUUCAACUGCACAGUCUAGAUAUGGGAUAAGGUUUAAAGGACCACUAUAGUGCCAGGAAAACAUACUCGUUUUCCUGGCACUAUAGUGCCCUGAGGGUGCCCCCACCCUCAGGGUCCCCCUCCCACCCGGCUCUGGAAGGGGGAAAGGGGUUCAAUCUUACCUUUUUCCAGCGCUGGGCGGGGAGCUCUCCUCCUUCUCUCCUCCUCCGUUCCGCCCCGUUGGCUGAAUGAGCACACGCGGCAAGAGCUGCGCGCGCGUUCAGCGGGUCGCAUAGGAAAGCAUUUACAAUGCUUUCCUAUGGAUGCUGGCAUGCUCUCACUGUGAAAAUCACAGUGAGAAGCACGCAAGCGCCUCUAGUGGCUGUCAAUGAGACAGCCACUAGAGGAUUAGGGGGAAGGCUUAACCCAUUCUUAAACAUAGCAGUUUCUGUGAAACUGCUAUGUUUAUUAAAAAAUGGGUUAACCCUAGCUGGACCUGGCACCCAGACCACUUCAUUAAGCUGAAGUGGUCUGGGUGCCUAGAGUGGUCCUUUAAUCUGUGACAUGGGAGGUUUGUGAUGUCAUUUAGAAAGGAUUCGAAAUAAAAAAAAAAUUAAGGUUCUGGUGAUUUUAACCUUGGUUUAGUAUUUUUAUUUUGCACACACAGUACACUAAGCAUUGGUCACUGAAACUGUUAGGGAGAACACCUGCCUCCUGGAUUUUAUCAGGAGAAGUGGAGAAAAUCCAAUCGAGCAAGUUAAUGUUUAUGCAAGUUGGGGAGGAUAUUCAUUGUUUUAGCUGCAAAUUCUUAAACGGUGAGCAAGAACUAUUUUAAGGAUUCAGCCAGUUCAUUUUAAAAUCUCCAAAGAUCAACAGUUUACGUUUUGAGCUAUGGAUUCACUAAGGAGAUGGGCUAUGUCAGAAAGGGAAUGCACUGGGGAGCUAGGUGGGCGAUAUAUUCCUGCAACAAUGAUUGAUUUACUACAUGGGAUCUCAAUUGGGCCAGAAAGGAAAUCAAAGAUGGCAGGAGAGCUAAAGUUUUGUAAGGGGGUAAACUUUAUGGAAUUAUAAACAUACAUUAUAAUGCCAUCUCCUCUUUUUUGCUCUGUCAUUUCUAUGGCAUGAAUACCAAUGUAUUGCAAUGGCAGAGUCAGGUGUAUGUAUGCGGUUAGCCACGAUUCAGAGAGCACAAUGAUUUGGGGCUUGUAAUGUGAACACCAUACUUGCAGUGCCUCAAUUCUUGGUAGUAAGCUGCGGAUAUUACAGUGCAGAAAGGAGAAUCUUUUAGCUGGAAGGCUAGGAAUGGAAUCUGCUGGGCAGGUUAGACUCUACCUCAUUUGCAAGGGCAAGUAAUAGGAAUUUGGACAUAAUCUUACUUUGGUAGUAAUGCAAUUGUAGGGAGCAGCAAGCUUAUUCUUGUUGUAACUAUUGCUUCCAUUUUUUUUAAAUCAAAUAGAUUGUUGUUUUUGUGUGUGUGUGUGCGUGUGUGUGGGGCUGCAGAAGGGGGAGCAGAGGUUUUCUAGCUGGGAGUUUGGGCAAGGGGUUUUGUAGAAGGGGGUAGGGGUUUUGGUUUAGGGAGGAGCAGAAGUUUUAUAGAAGGGGUUAGAGGUUUUGUAAAAAAGGGGAUAGGGGUUUUUGGUGUAGAGGAGAGGUUUUGUAGAAGAGGGGGCAGGCAUUUCUGGUGAAGUGGCAGGGGAAAAGAUUUUGUGGAGGGGGGGAUGGGUUUUGUUGAAGGGGGAGCAGGGGGUUUGUAAAGGGGGCAGGUGUUUAGUAUAAGGGGAGCAGGGGUUUGUAGAGGGGCAGGAGUUUAGUAUAAGGGGAGCAGGGGCUUGUAGAGGGGCAGGAGUUUAGUAUAAGAGAGCAGGGGUUUGUAGGGAGGCAGGGUUUAGUAUAAGGUGGGCAGGGGUUUAGUAUAAGGUGGGCAGGGGUUUAGUAUAAGGUGGGCAGGGGUUUGUAGGGGGGCAGGGUUUAGUAUAAGGGGGGCAGGGUUUAGUAUAAGGGGGGCAGGGGUUUUAGUAUAAGGGGGCAGGGGUUUAGUAUAGGGGGGGCAGGGUUUACAGUAUAAGGGGGCAGGGUUUAGUAUAGGGGGCAGGGUUAAGUACUAGGGGGCAGGGAGGGCUUAGUAUAGGGGCAGGGGCUUGUAGUAUAAGGGGAGCAGGGAGCUUAGUAUAAGGGGCAGGGUUCAGUAUAGGAGCAGGGGUUUGUAGAGGGGCAGGGGUUUGUAGAAGGGCAGGGGCUUAGUAUAAGGGGGGCAGGGGCUUAGUAUAAGGGGAGCAGGGGCUUAGUAUAAGGGGAGCAGGGGUUUGUAGGGGAGCAGGGGCUUGAAGGGGAGCAGGGGUUUGUAGGGGAGCAGGAGUUUAGUAUAAGGUGAGCAGGGGUUUAUAGAGGGGCAGGGGUUUAGUAUAAGGGGAGCAGGGGCAUAGUAUAAGGGGGGCAGGCGUUUAGUAUAAGGGGAGCAGGGGUUUUGUAGAAGGGGAGCAGGGGUUUAUGUAGAAUGAGUACAGGGCUUUUGUAGAGGGUGGCAGUGGUUUUGGUGGAGGGGGAAGUUUUUUAUUGAUAUUAUGUGUACAUUGCUGUAUAGUUGAUAGAUAUAUAUAUAUAUAUAUAUAUAUAUAUAAUGAUAGCAUGUGUUUUUGUUAAAGGGGGAGAAAAAACUUUGUAGAAGAAGGGGCAGGGUUUUUGUAGAAAGGGGGGCAGGGGUUUUGUGGAAGGGUUUUGUAGUAGUUGGAACAGGGCUAUUGUAGAAGGGGCAGGGGUUUUGCUGAAGGGGGGGCGCCAUAUGUUGGGCUCGCACAGGGUGUCUGAUCACCUAAGGCCGGCCCUGCUUAAGAGGGUGGUGGUGGGAACAUGACAGAAGUGUGAAGAGGGUUACAAGGAAUAUUAACACAGACUAAUCUGGAGCCAUCAACAGGAGGGGAGGAGAUGAAAACAAAAAUGUAAAUAGGUUACAAAUAAUCCAUAUAUGUUGAGGAAGUAGUACUUACACUACACAUAUGGCUAGGUACAGAACACAUACAUAAAUGCAGCAAGCACAACAGUUUGUGGAUGAUAAUGUAAAUGUUGAUUAUACUCCCUUGGUAAACUUCUAGGAUUCAGGGCACUUGUUGGAAGUUGGCACUUGAUGGAUAGUGGCACACAGAUGGAAUGUGGCCUGUGCUCCCUUUGCACAAAAUAUGGUGGAGCUUUAUCAAAAUUAAACUAGCUAAUUCUGGGUAAAAGUUCAAAUUUUUUUUUUUUUUUUUUUAAAUCUACUGGUUUCCACAGUGAUUGGUCUUUACAUAGUAAUUUGCCUACUUCAAAUAUCAAGUGAAUGAUAAUUUGCGAACGAGCAUCUGGCCAAAUGCAUUUGGUUUAUCGUUGGUUUUCAUGCUCUGGUAUCUCUGAUAAAUUGGUUUGGAAGCAGGUAUUAGUGAUUUCACAAACUCAUUCGGUCAGACUUUCCUUGUUUUCACCAAAUUUUCUCCAUUUGGACAAAAUCAGGUGUUUAGUAAUAAUCCUGUUAUUCAUAUGCUAUUAUUUUAGAUUGGGGUGGGGGAAUACUGGGUAAUUAAAUAUAAUAAUAAAAUGAAACAUUAUAGCUUUUGGGCCAUGAUUUGGGAUAGGUGAAUCGGUCAACUGCAAUUAAAGGACCACUAUAGUGCCAGGAAAACAUAUAGUGGUCCCCUUCCCGCCUGGCUCUGGAAAGGGGUAAAAACUUACCUUUUUCCAGCGCUGGGCGGGGAGCUCUCUGCCUCCGAUCCUCCUCCGUUCCUCCUCCUGGGCUGAAUGCGCACGCGCGGCAAGAGCUGCGCGCGCAUUCAGCCCCUCGCAUAGGAAACCAUUUACAAUGCUUUCCUACGGACGCUUGCGUGCUCUCACUGUGAAAAUCACAGUGAGAAGCACGCAAGCGCCUCUAGUGGCUGUCAAUGAGACAGCCACUAGAGGAUUAGGGGGAAGGCUUAACCCAUUCAUAAACAUAGUACACACACACACACACACACACACACACGUUUAUAAAAAAAAUGGGUUAACCCUAGAAGGACCAGGCACCCAGACCACUUCAUUAAGCUGAAGUGGUCUGGGGACCUAGAAUGGUCCUUUAAUCGGUGGGAGCAAUAAAAUAUGAACUGGGAGGUAAGAGGAUAUGUUCCUUCUAUUUUGUAAUGGAUGUGGAAAAGGCAUUGUAUGGUCAUUUAUUUUUAGGAAGUACAGUUUUGGCUUGCAGGUUAUGGGCAGUAUUUUGUUCUUGGACCCAAGCAACAGAGUGUCUUGGGCCAACCUCAGUUGAAGGUAGUUUUAACCUGAGAGAGUUGUGUUGAGUGACAGUGGAGUGCUGUAACAGAUAAACCAUAAAUAGAACGUUAAAUGGACACUAUAGGCAUCCAGACCACUUCAGCUCUUUGAAGUGGUCUGGGUGCAGUGUUCCAGGUCACUUAACCCUGCAAAGGUAAUUUAUUGCAGUUUUUAUAAACUGCAAUAAUUACAUUUGAAGGUUAACUCCACCUCUAUCUAAAUGGCUGUCUACCAGACCGCUACUAGAGGGACUUCCGGGUCGUUAGGUGACUUUUGGACGCCUAACUGAAGCUGGACAUACUUACCCUAUGCAUGACAACAUGCAGCGUCACCCACAACCACAUAGGAAAUCAUUAUACAUACUCUCCUUUGGGGGAAAUACUAAUCUGAGUGCAUCCAUUGGAGGAGCGGAGGAGAAGUCUGAAUGAGUACCGAGAAACAUCAGCGCUGGACUCAGUUAAUUGACAAAAGGGUUUUUUACCAUUGGUAGAGGGCGAAUUGAGGGGGGUACUGUAGGGAGCUAUAUUGUCAGGAAACAACUUUGUUUUACUGGCACUAUAGUUUCCCUUUAAACACUGGAUGCAAUGUGGAGGUGUUAUCAGAGCCACACCAGAGGGCAACAACUAUUGCUACUCACAGGUAUGGAUGUAACUGGAUAAUACGCUCCACCAGUGGCGGCUCUAGACUUGGCAAGGCCUUAGGUGAAACUCAUACAUGAGGCCCCCACUAACACCAUUAUUAAAAAGAAUAGCAGUUGACUUUGUGUGUGUGUGUGUGUGUGUAUAAGAAGCUGUAGAUAUAUUGAAGGGGGAGCUUGCAGCACUGAAUAUAAAGAGCUAGUCUCCGUAUGCAUUGUUGCAUUGUCUACCUGUGUGUGUCUGAGGGUGUGUGUCUGGCAGUGAGUAUCCUUUUAUCUGUAUGUAUGUUUCUCUGAGCAUGUGUAUGUUUGUGUACUGCCUGUGGCCUUUGGCACUGAGUUUAUGGUGAAGCUAUGUUUUAUGACGGUGUGUAUAAUGAUUGCCUUCAGGGGGUGGCAGGGUGAGUGUAAAAGAGCAGGAGGGUGCCAGAGUGUAUGGAUGGGGGUGCCAGAGUUUUGAGGGUUGACUGUGUAUGAAGGGAGGUGCCUUUGUGUGCAGAGCGAGUGACAAUGUGUAUAGAGGGGGGUGACAAUGUGUAUCGAGGGAGUGUCAGUGUGUGCAGGGAGAGGUGACUGUGUGAGAAGAGAGGUGACAGAGUGUGUGGGGUAGGUGACAUUAGUGUGAGAGGGAGGGUGACAGUGUGAGGAGGGUGACAGAGUAAGGGGGGGGUGACGGUGUGAGGUUGGGUGCCAGGGUGAGGGGGGGUAACAUAGUAGUGUGUGGGAAGUGACAGGAUGAGGUGACAGAGUAAGGGGGUAACAUAGUCUGGGGGUUCACAGGGUGGGUGACAGAGUAAGAGGGGGUCAUGGAGUUAGAGGGUGGUUGACAGGUUGAGAGGUGGGGUGACAGAGUAAGAGGGGGGACAUAGUGUUAGUGGGGUGACAGGUUGAGGGGGGUGACAUAGUGUAAGUGGGGUGACGGGGGGGUUGAAAUGUACCUUUUUUUUUUUUUUUUUUGACGAUUCCCCGGUGGUCCAGUGGACUUUCUGUGUCCCUGGUGGUCCAGUGGACUCUCCAGUCUGUCCGACCACAUGGUGAAUGUCUUGCGAUCGUCAUUCAGAGCGUUGCCGUGGUAAACCGCGGCAAUGCUCUGAUUGGCUGGAGAUCGUGAGACACUUACAGACAUGCAUACACAUAAACUGACACACACACAUACACACACAAACACCCCCCGACAGACACAUACAUACAUACAGACACACACACCCCCGGGGUAGCACACACCCCCCAAAAUUACAAACACGCACAUACAUAGACACAUAUAUAUACAUACAGACACAUACAGAGACACACACACAUAUACAAAAUGUUUCCUGUUUCCUACCUUUUGCAGGAGGGUGACUUUCCAGCUCUCUCUGAUGUCAUCACAGGACCCCUUGAAUGGCAGCCCCAGUGGUUUGCUCCAUGGGCCAGGGCCGCAAAACAUGGCGGCUCAUACCUGGUCGCAGGGGCCCACAGGAGUGACGGGCCUGGUCGCAGCUGCGACCAUGGUUUGUACGCCAUUGCAUGGUUGUGAGAUUCUUCGAUACCUGAUUUAUGGAGGUAGAUGAAGGUAUGAAAAAAAAUUAAACUAGGCCUAUCAGAUGUAGCACACUUCCCUGAUCCAUUUGCACCCGCUGCUCCUCUCGUUGGACCACGCACUAACGCUACACAUGGCCGCAGGACCCAAACAGGGAAAUAGCAUUACAUUACUUAGCAUUCGGCACCGAGAACCAAUCCUCCUCCUGGUUCUCAUGGGCUGAAUAUAAUACAGCUGUUGCUUCAACUGCUUUUUCUCAGACUCUGCAUGCUUGUAUUUUAUUAGUUUGAAUGUCAUGACGUCACACCCACCCUUUAAGUGACUACUUUAUACAGGUGAUCCCUUUAUAAAUUAUUUUGGAUUCGCAGAGAUGACAUGGACCAAUUAAAACAUGUGUAACCUAUAUAAUACUACUUUGGGCCCUUUUUCAGUUCCCUAGUAUGGUUUUUGCCUUGAUACACGUUGAGUGCUUAGAGUAAGUCACUCUUUAUAUUUUGAAAUUGACCCUGGCUUGUGUUUGACUUUGUGUAUUUCUGGAAUCCUGACCCAGCUUGUUUAUUCAUGUUGUUGUUUAUUCUGGAUUCCAAACAUAACAAGUGACCUUGUUGCAUUCCUUUCUAGUCUGUAAAUGCAAAAUAUUAUUAUUUUUUCCACGAGCUUUUAUACCAAUUUAGUUCUAGCGUGCAGGCACAGCCGUACUUGGCAGCUGCCAAAAUGUUUGAACAGGAUCUUGGCAGCAAACUAAAUAAUAUAAUCUUUUAUUCUCUCUCCUGCCUGGCUUCAGAUAGGAAGGAUAUGGAUAUUAACUCUUCACUUUUUCAUUUGUAAAUAAAAAUCAUUAUAUAUUUCUCUGAUACAAUCUGUGUAUUAAUUUAUUAUCAUCACGAUUUUUGUCAUCAUAAGAUAAUUUAAUUUACUGUAUGAACAUAUUCGAAUGUACAAAAAGGGAUCCAUCCAUGCAUUUUUGAGAGGAAUACUCAUAACACCCGAAGAACCUGAGUUAUUAGUAAAAUACUUUAUUCCUCUUCAGUGUUGAUUUAGCAUCCAUGCCUUGUAGAAAUGAAUGCAAUAUCAGAGAAAGGCCUAGAUUGUCCAUAGUGGGUUCUGCUUAAGUUGCUGGCAUGAGAUUAUACGUAGGUCAUAUCAAGGACUCAAGCAAAUUUGACUUCAAUAAAAAAGGCGAUACUUGGUCUGAACUGGUCUACUUUCAGUGCCAGAGAGGCCAGGGCUGUAUCAUGACAUAAACUUUUUUUCCGUACCUAAUUAUUGUAUCCUCCUUUCGUGUGAGUACGGAAUCUGAUGUUUUUUUGUUUUGAGUGAAAAUUUAGCCCUGGUGAGUCCUGACCUACCAUACUCUGCAUACAAAGUUGGCUUACCUUUAACAGUGCUUUUUAUCUUGAAAGUCAUCUUUCUAGCUGGUAAAACUGUAAUAAUAAUUAUGAAAGUAAUGUUUUGAUACUUAGAGAUGCCAAUUUGAUUUUAAAUGUUUUGUGACGGUCUGUAUAUCUGGGAAAUUUAAUUAAAAUCUUUGGUUGUUGGGACUUGAAAUAAAAAUAAAUAUCCAUAACAUUUGUCCUAUAUUAACAUAUGGGAUGUAACUUUAAAUGUUAUAUUUAACCCCUUAAGGACACAUGACAUGUGUGACAUGUCAUGAUUCCCUUUUAUUACAGAAGUUGAUCCUUAAGGGGUUAAACAGCAAGUGGGACAAAGCUCUCUAAAUAGAGCGAUAACUAUGGAAACCAAUGGAAUGUCUGUAUUGCACCACUUGUUGAACUUUGUCCUUUACUAUGCAUAGUAAACUAUUGUAAUUCUAUUAAUGUAUAUUCUACAGUGUUCUUUUCAUUCUAGGGUGGAGCAUUCUACUUUUUGGAACAUGUAGCAUCCACGGAUGACUCAACCUUGGUUAGCUAUCUUCAGAGAAUCUUGAAUCCCACCUGGAGGUUGUGUCUUGAUGGAUGUGAUUUAAGGAAGACAACUUGGAAAGACCUUGAAAAGGCCAAAUUCUCUGAGCUGAAACUACGUCAUAUACAAGCUCCAAAUGUUAUAAAACCCAUUACUCCUCAUAUUGUUGGAUACGCUAUAAAAUAAACAGUCAUUGUGAAUUAUACACUUGCCAUUCAACACGAAAAUCUCCUUCAAUAAUUGGCAUGUUAGCAGCUAGUUUUAGCUCUGGUAUCAUGUAAUGGCUAAAAAUAUAUAAGUAAACUGCGCUUAAAAUAAAAUACACAACUUAAUUCUCGGAGGGAAAAAACAUAAAAAAACAAACUAAUAAAUAAAACUAUGCCACAAUCAUAUACAUCUAUAUCUCUAUCACAGUCCGAUAAGCAAUGUCUAUGUAAGUAAAGUCAUAGCACAGGGUCCGAUAAAUAGGUAUACCCCUCUCAGUCAGAGAAGUAUAUUAUAUAAAAAAUUUAUGAAAUGUAACUGCCCCAAGGAAACAGAAGACCACCUUUAAAUAAGGAGGUCUUACACAGGAUAGAUUUUCAUCCUUGGGAGUGGAUUAGGUAAAAGUCAGCAACAGGUGCUUUAGCAAGUAAAGUACCACCAAAGACACCCAGGCCACUUCAUCAAAAUUAGGUUGUCUGGAUGCAGUAGCCAUCUAGUUUUAUCCCUUUAAAGUAAAACAUUGCUGUUUUGUAGUUUAUGUUACAGGGUUAAACACACCUCUAGUGGAUGUCUUCCUGAUAAAGAUGACAAAUGAAAGUAAAGUUCAUAAAUAAAAAGGCAAAUAACUAUUUGGUAAACAGUACGUUUAAUCUAACUGCUUGGAGCAGGGCUCGACAAAUCGCCAUGGCAACUAGAAAUUUUGUCCUGGCACCUGGGAUUUUUUCAUGGCAGCCCUUUAGUGAAGGCCACCAGCCCUCACAGGUCAGCGUGGAGGCCAGCCAGGCAACCAUUUGCAGCAGCGUGGGAGCCAGCUGCCACACUGGGGUAGCCUGGGAGGUAGCUCCUCUCUGCUCCCUUGCGCUGUUUAGUGAUGCCGGUAGCCGGAAUAUUACAUCACUCAGCCCCAUUGGAGGCUGGUUGGACAUAAAUUAAAGUAAAAAGUGAGUUUAUGAGAAAUAUGUGUGUUUCUGUUUCUGUGUGUAUCUGUCUGUUUGUCUAUGUGUGUGUGUGUCUGUUUAGGUACCUGCCUCCCUCCAAUCACCUGGGAAAGGUGUUUUUACUCACCCUUUUUCCCACCCCGUGACGGUUUCACCACAGCUUGCCAUGCCUCCAUGGCUGAGGUCAUCUUUCUGAUCUCAGUUAUGUCAAUGCUUUUCUAUUGGAACGCUUUGGGUGGGUAUUGCGCAUGUGCAGCAAAAGGCUGUGCUCCACCAAUCCACAUCUCCUCAUAAAGAUACAUUGAAUCAAUGCAUCUCUAUGGGGAACAUUCACAUCUAGGAAUCACCUCUAGUGGCCGUCUAGAGUUGUCCCAAGCCAGGAUUGUAAACACUGUCUUUUCUCUGAAAAGGUCAUGUUUAUAUUGAAAAGCUUGCAGUGGCAUGCUACAAACACCAGAACUACAUUAAGCUGCAGUGGUUCUGGUGACUAUAGCGUCCCUUUAAGAAUUGCAUUUUUCUCAUUCCAAAUUAAACUUUGUUAGUUUAAAAAAGACUGUCUCCUAACUUUUUUAGCUCGCUCCUAGAUUCCAACCAAAUGUUUCAAGCCCUGGCUUAGAGACCUUUUGAAACAAUGAAUUUUAUAAAACUUUGGAAUAUGACCGUGGCAAAUUGAAUUAAACAUUUUGCAACUGUUGAGAUUUUGGUACAUCUAGCAUAUGUCAUGUGUAAUUGCCAAGCUUUUUAAUUAUUAUUGAGUGUGGGAAUACUUUAAGAAAUUAAUGAAAAUCACAUACGUGACAUCUAUUUAUAUAUUGACCUUGGCAACAGCAGGUUAACAUAAUUGGAAUUCUCCCACUAGAGCAAGUUCCUCAGAGGCAUUGUGAAUUUAAGCAAGUCCCUGAAAAGCAGGACACAUGGAUUCGGCUCAGGUCCCCUCGGCUAGUCAGAGUACAAGCUCUGCUAUAUUUCCUACACUUUGUUUUACUCAUGGUAUGAGGCUCCUGACAUCAAGAACUAAAUUCAUAGCAAAUGGGACAAAAACAUUCACCACAAAGUUUUAGUGGCAAUGUCCCAUUGAAUAAAAUAUAAGAGAACCUGUAAUGUAGAAUGUAAAAAAAAAAUUAUAUAUAAUCUUUCUUUAUUAUGCUAUUUGUUUUGCAUGGUAUCUAGAAGGUAGGGAAUGGAUGUGAAGGUGGGGAUUAGAAUUCUGCCAGGAGCUGAAAGGCAUUUUCUUCAUAUCUGCUUAUACUUAGAUGUCUGUUUCAGAAUUAUUCUCACACAUUUUCAAGAGCACUAGAUUUACUGAGAGACUAAAAAACAACAAAUGGCUUAUGUAUGUACACAUUCAAUGUUCAACGUUCUGGUUGUUUUGUGCCUAAAAUAACUUUCUUGCAUUGAAUUGUUCAACCAAGUGAUUUUAUUUUGCAUUAGAAACUUAGAAUAAAAAUAGUUUUAAGAGUA